GUUGAGGAAUAAAACGAAGUGGGCGAGGAAACGCAUGGUACGUUUUUGGGUGUGUUUAUGGGGAAAGUAACGUCUACACCACCUCUCUUGUUCCAAUCAAAGCUUCUCUGUUUCUCUCUGUUCUACCUUUUCUCUUCUCUCUUUCUCGCUCUCUACACCUCUCUCUCCCACACCAAAUGCAUUUUCCGAUCCUCUCCCUUCGACCCCCUCCUCACUCCUCUCUUCUCCUACCCUCCCUCCUAUGGAGAGCACAAGUAUGCCAUCCCCACCCUCCGUUCCACUUGCUCUUCCCCUGUCUACUUCUCAGAUUAUUGGAAUGUGUUGGAGGAGAUCCAAAUUCUGUGUAAAAAAUCUUCUUCGUCUUCUUCCAACUCCUCUUUGAGGUAUAUGCAGGGCAGUGCUGACACUUUCGGUGGGAAUUUCAGUUUCCACGAUCGGCUCUCGCAUUUUAGUAAUGAAAAUAACAAUAUCGCAGGAAUUCCUUGUGGUUUCUUGAAGAAAUUUCCAAUUAGCAAUUCGGAUCGAAUUGCGAUGGAAAAUUGCAAGGGUGUUGUUGUAGUCUCCGCAAUCUUCCAUGACCAUGACAAAGUAAGACAACCAAAAGGUCUCGGAUCCAAAACUCUGGAAAAUGUAUGUUUCUAUAUGUUUGUAGAUGAUAUUACCCUCAGAGGACUCGACUACCACAAAUUGAUUUCAAGAAAAUCUCCGGAAUAUACAGUUGGUGCUUGGAGGAUUAUCAAAGUUUCAAGAAAGGGCUUGUAUGAUAAUCCAGCGAUGAAUGGUGUCAUACCUAAAUACUUAGUCCAUAGGCUUUUCCCAAAUUCAAAAUUCAGUAUUUGGAUUGAUGCCAAACUGCAAUUGAUGGUUGAUCCGUUAUUGUUGAUUCAUACACUUGUUAUUUCGGAGAAUGCAGAUAUGGCAAUAUCCAAACACCCCCUUUAUAUUCACACCAUGGAAGAAGCAAUGGCCACUGCAAGGUGGAAGAAAUGGUGGGAUGUUGAUGGCUUGAAGCUGCAAAUGGAAACAUAUUGCGAGUCCGGUUUGCAGCCAUGGAGUUCCAACAAGCUUCCCUAUCCCUCAGAUGUACCGGACAGUGCUCUUAUUUUGAGGAGGCAUGGAGUAGAGGGCAAUCUAUUCUCCUGCUUGCUGUUUAAUGAAUUGGAAGGUUUUAAUCCAAGAGAUCAAUUGGCUUUUGCAUUUGUGAGAGACCAAAUGAGCCCAAAGCUGAAGCUGAACAUGUUUGAUGUGGAAGUGUUUGAGCAAAUUGCAGUGGAAUACAGGCAUAACCUUAAGCACGGAGGUGGGACCACUGCAGGCGGCAGUAAAGGGUCCAGAGUGACUCAGAGCAAAAAAACCAAAAGGGCAAGCCCAGAUUUGCUGUAUGUUAAUGGGAGCUGUUGCAGUAGAUGCCAGAAGUACCUUUUUGAAAUGUGGGGUGAAUCCCUUGAUUGAUUUUUUUUUUUUUUGGUCUCCAACUGUAUGUCACGGGAAGGAAAGAGGAAGCAACUGCAAAGAGGAUAAAAUAAAAGGAUAAAUUAACUACCUUUCACAAACAAAAGCUGAAAACAAUGACAGGGUGUCAAAGCUUUUUAUUUCUUAUUUUUGGGCUGAGACUUUACUUUUUCCUAGUCAUUUAUUUUUUGUAGGUGCAGAUAUAGACAAAUUUUACUCCAAUACACCCUUACUUUUUCUUUUUCUUCUUUUUUAACCCAGUGGACCUGGUGUCUAGUACAGAUAGGUCAGUUAGUUUGUGUGAAUUUGUUACAGAGCAAUUUAAUUUAGUCCUAGUUGCCUAGAAGAUCUUAUAUUAUGAGUUGUACGUGAACUUUCUGCCAAAAAGAAGAGCAGUACGUGAAUUUUAUAUAGGUAUAUUUAUAAUGUGACAUUUUAUAUUA